UAUAUAUACGCCUUAGCCUCUUGUACGUUCAAAUCUUUAGUUCAUUUGGAGAAAAGAAAGAGAGAGAAAGAAGCGAAGCAAUCUGAGAGAUGGCCCGUACUAAGCAAACUGCUCGUAAGUCAACUGGAGGAAAGGCUCCAAGGAAGCAGCUCGCCACCAAGGCUGCUCGUAAGUCUGCCCCAACCACUGGAGGAGUCAAGAAGCCCCACAGAUACCGCCCUGGAACUGUUGCUCUUCGUGAAAUCCGUAAGUACCAGAAGAGUACUGAGCUCCUGAUCAGGAAGUUGCCAUUCCAGAGGCUUGUUCGUGAAAUUGCGCAGGACUUUAAGACUGAUCUGCGUUUCCAGAGCCAUGCAGUUCUUGCCCUGCAGGAGGCUGCUGAGGCUUACCUGGUUGGUCUGUUUGAGGACACCAAUCUCUGUGCCAUCCAUGCCAAGCGGGUUACCAUCAUGCCCAAGGAUAUCCAGCUGGCUAGGAGGAUCAGGGGUGAGCGUGCUUAAGUGACUCGCCUGCAAUGGAGGGUGUGGUGCCUGCAGACGGAAGGCUGUGAUAUAACAAAUGCUGAAUGGGAUUGGAAGGCGGUGUUUUGCUUGGUUCUUUUGUUAAGUCAGAUCAGAUAGAUAGGCUGUAGGGUCCUAGUUCUAGUGAAUAUCCUUAUAGACAAGACACUAAUGGUGCUUGGGUUUGUAGUAUUGGAACCUACAUUUUGUUGGUCCAUUGUUAAUUGUGUUAUUCUGUUAUUUUGGUUGUCUGCAGCUUCACCAAUGGGUAUUGAACAACAUAUAUUUCAUCUAAUCUAGUCCUGUUUGUUAUGUCUAUUUGUUUAAAAUGAUUAUAAUGUGCAUUGGUUGUGGAAAAUGUGUAAUAAAGAUGCAUAUUAUUGUGCUUA